ACACCUUCCCAUCAUCAGUCAUCACACCAACUCUUCUCCUAAAACUCAUUGAGGCAUUCAUCAAACACCUUCCAAAGAUGGCGAAAGUGGGAAAACUCACAAAGCUCAAGUCCGCUAUCAAGAGAUGGCCCUCAUUGACCAAACUCAGCCGCAGUGUCUCUUCCAACAAGGAAAACCCCGCAACAUCCUCUUCUUCCAAGGAACACGAAAACGAUCUUCAUGCUGUCUAUGUCGGCAAGUCUAGGAGGCGCUACCUCGUAAACUCCGAAGUGAUCGACCACCCUGUCUUUCAGGAGCUUGUGGACAGGUCCAGUGGCUGCGACGAUGGGGUGGUGGUUUCGUGCGAGGUAGUGCUGUUCGAGCACUUGUUGUGGAUGCUUGAGGGCGAAGAGACACAGUUGGGAUCCAUGGAUGAGUUGGUCGAGUUCUACUCUUGUGCAUGUUGAUUCACAUGUUGUGCUAUGCUAUCGCUGACACCACUACUUAGUAACUGACUUUAAUUGUUUCUCUCAUGUGGUCACCCUCCGAUGAAAUCAACAUCAUUCGUCGUCACUUUGUUAAUUGCGAUUCAUUCAAUGCUGUAUACAUAUAUAUUCAUGUUAUAUCAAGUGGGUAUUGAUGUAGUUCUUCGUCAUGACUUUGUGAGGUGAAUCUAAUGCUGAUGCAAAUCGCCAUUGUUUCA